ACUGCCUACAGGGACAGUCCCCACCCCCUUUACUCGGCUUUAGCACCGAUCCCCGCACGGUUCGGAUCGACUCGCUGCCAGCCCCGGCCCUCCUCCAGGGCUGCCUGAGCCGGCGUUUGAUUGGAUUAGAGCCGGCUAGCCUUUGCCCUCUCACCCCGCUGAUGCUGGCUGCUUGCUUCCUGCUCCCUCCGCUCCCCCUGACCGACUGACGAAGCUUGCCGAAGCCGCACGGCGAAGCGCCCUGCACGGACACAGAGGACCGGGACGAGCCGCUACAGCCCGACCACAGCCAGAAACACGCAGGCGGUCGGACGGAGAAAACGAGGCAGUCAUGCGGAGGAAAUCGAGGAUAUUGUUAUGUUUUGCGGUGCUGUGGGUGCUGGGGAUAGCCUACUACUUCUACUCGGGGACAGCGCUGAGUCGAAAGGAUGAAUGGGGCUCCAGUGACACGUCCAGUAAGAGCAAAGCUCACACAUCUGAUGACAAGAACGGCCUGGAGACUCUGCCGCCAGGUAAGGUGCGCUGGCAGGACUUUGACCAGGAUCUGUACGUUGGAGCCACAGUGGUGCGACCGGGUCAGGAUCCGUACGCCCGGAACAAGUUCAACCAGGUGGAGAGCGACAAACUCCGUAUGGACAGAGCCGUGCCUGACACCAGACAUGACCAUUGCAGACAUAAACAAUGGAAGUCUGAACUGCCCGCCUCCAGCGUAGUCAUCACUUUCCACAAUGAAGCUCGCUCUGCUCUGCUGAGGACCGUGGUCAGUGUCCUGAAGAAAAGCCCUGCUCACUUGGUCAAAGAAAUCAUUCUGGUUGACGACUACAGUGAUAACCCGGAGGAUGGAGCGCUCCUGGGAAAAAUAGAAAAAAUACGCGUGUUGAGAAACGACCGCAGAGAAGGACUGAUGCGUUCGAGGGUCCGCGGUGCAGACGCCGCUGUGGCACCAGUCCUCACCUUCUUGGACUCUCACUGUGAAUGUAAUGACCACUGGCUGGAGCCACUGCUGGAGAGAGUGGCUGAGGACAAAAGCAGAGUAGUUUCUCCUAUCAUCGAUGUCAUCAACAUGGACAACUUCCAGUACGUAGGAGCCUCGGCUGAUCUAAAAGGAGGUUUCGACUGGAAUUUGGUGUUUAAAUGGGACUACAUGACUCUCGAGCAGAGACGAGCCAGACAAGGCAACCCCAUAGCCCCCAUAAAGACUCCAAUGAUUGCAGGAGGUCUUUUUGUCAUGGAUAAGGACUACUUUGAGCUGCUGGGAAAGUAUGACAUGAUGAUGGACGUAUGGGGAGGAGAAAACCUUGAGAUCUCAUUUCGGGUGUGGCAGUGUGGUGGCAGUCUUGAGAUCAUCCCCUGCAGCAGAGUUGGCCAUGUCUUCAGAAAACAACAUCCAUACACCUUCCCUGGGGGCAGCGGGACUGUGUUUGCAAGGAACACAAGGAGAGCAGCAGAGGUGUGGAUGGAUGAGUAUAAAAACUUCUACUAUGCUGCCGUCCCCUCAGCGAGAAACGUCCCCUAUGGAAAUAUACAGAGUCGUAUGGAGAUGAAGAAGAGAUUAGCAUGCAAACCAUUCAAAUGGUACCUGGAGAAUGUCUACCCGGAGCUGCGUGUCCCGGACCACCAGGACAUAGCGUUCGGAGCGCUGCAGCAGGGAGGAAACUGCCUGGACACUCUGGGUCACUUUGCUGACGGCGUGGUGGGCGUCUACGAAUGCCACAACGCCGGAGGAAACCAGGUAGCGUUACUACGACGACACACACAGGAGUGGGCCCUGACCAAGGAUAAGUCGGUGAAGCACAUGGACCUGUGUCUGACUGUGGUGGACCGGACGGCCGGCUCCCUCAUCAAACUACAAGGCUGUCGAGAGAACGACAGCAGACAGAAAUGGGAGCAGAUAGAGUCCAACUCGAAGCUUCGUCACGUAGGCAGCAACCUCUGUCUCGACAGCCGCAGUGCCAGGAUGGGUGGCCUCACUGUGGAGGUCUGCAGCCCGAGCCUCAACCAGCAGUGGAAGUUCACUCUCAAUUUACAAUCAUAGUGGGGGGGCAACAGACCCUGGGGAAGAGCUGGAUGUUUGAUAGAGACACCAACAGACUCUGAGACAGAUAAAGAGAUAGAAAAAAGACUCUGGAUGGAUAAACGGAUCCCUCUCGCUCCUCAGAGGUGGAACUAUACACCUCUCCCCCACCCUCACUCCUCCCAAAAGAGCCAAACCCACCGGGGGAGUGGCUUGUAGACGUUACUGGAGUAAACAGGAAAUUGACUGUAUUAGUUGGAUGAAAAUGAUGAUCAUAAUGAGGAUAAAAGUGAUGGAUAGACUUUCCAUUCAAACUACUUACCUCAGUGUUUUUCACUGAUGGUUCCAGAAGCAAAUUUUGUUAUUUUAUGUUCUUUAAUGCAGGUGAGGUAGAACUGUUUUUACUUUGUAAUUAUUUUAUUAUUAAUAUUUUUUAUUGAUUGCUGGUUGUUCUGCACGGAGGUUUCACAGGAACUAUUUUUUUCUGUUUUCUUAAAGGAAUGGGACAUUAAUGUUGUUGCUCCUUUUAGGCUUUCUGUCUGUUUCACCACGCCGAGCUGGAGCCUGUAAAGGCAGAUGGAGGCUUCAUGUUGAGGUCUGGGGGCGUAGAGUGAUAUUAAGGGUGGGAAUGGACUCAACUCCCUGAGCUUUCUUCUUGUUUACUGUCAUUAGUUCACAGGAUCAUUGGAGGAAAGAGGGACAAAGUGGAGAGAAGAAGCUGUGUGUUUGAUUUGGUUCCUACACAGUUUCUUUUACAAAUGGGUCUUGGGGAAAGGGUAAGGGGGUUGAGGGAAGAACUUCUCUGCUUUGGACAGGGCCUGAAACCGGUUUGGUUUGGCCGUAAGUGCAAUUCCUGAAACCAGGAAGUGUCUUGAAGCCACCCCUCAGGAUUAACUGUUCUUCGUCGGGCUGUAGCACUGGCUGCCGCAGCAUCUUCAUGUCUACACCAUUAUGUCUCUUUAAAAAAACAAUACUCAGAAAAAAAAAUCUCUUAACAGUCUUCUUUUGUUUACUUUUCUCACAAAAAUGGAACCAAAUUACAAAUGGAUGUUUUUGUUUCAGGAAUACGAGAACUUUGAUUAAAAGGGUUUUUCUUCACAAGC